AGAGUAUCCCUGAAAAUGGUUGCCUGGCUGACGGUCAAGGCAGUGGCCAUCUUUUUGGGCCUGGCCACCACGGCCUUUUGUGUAUCCACCAUUGUGCUGGCCGUCCAAAAUGCGGAUUUGGAGAACGAUCUACAGGACGCCCUCGAUAAAAUCGAUGCAUUGACAGCGGACACCACUUCCACUUCCACGACAACCACCACAGCAAGUCCGAAUCCUGGUGAUACUACCAGCUCUCCUGCCAGCGGAGGAACCACUGCCAGCGGAGGAACUACUGCCAGCGGAGGAAGCACUGCCAGCGGCGCAACCACUCCCAGUGGAGAAACAACUGCAGGAGAAACAAGCUCUUCCAGUUCCGGAACCACAUCCACCACUUCAAACCCCAUCUAUCCCACUCUGCCCACAGGACUUCCUGAUCCUGAACAGAUCGAAUGGCGCCUGCCCACGGAGCUGACGCCCAUCAAGUACAGGUUGUACAUUCAGCCCGAUCUGACGACCGGAGCCUGCGAGGGCACCGUGUCCAUUCAGUUCCAGCUGAACGCGGUCACCAAUUUGAUCGUCCUGCACGCCAAGGACCUCAAUGUGCACAGCAUCAGCAUCCUGAACAUGAUGGCGCGCAUGCGCGUGGCCAUCGAUGAGAUCAAUAUGGAUGAACGCCGCGAGUUGCUCUUGAUUAAGCUGAGGGAGGUGCUCAGUAUGAGCAAGGCUUAUACUUUAUCAGCCAGUUUUGACUGCAAUCUGAGCAGCCUGUCGGGCAGCUACAUUAGCAACUACACCAAUGCCCAAGGGGUUGCAAGAUCGAUUGUGAGCACCAAGUUCGAACCCACCUAUGCCCGCUUGGCCUUCCCAUGCUUCGAUGAGCCCGCUCUUAAGGCCCAGUUCACCAUCACGGUGGCCCGUCCCUCUGGCGAUGAGUACCAUGUGCUUUCUAACAUGCCGGUGGCCAGCGAAUAUGUGGAUGGCGACCUCACCGAGGUGACAUUCGCGGAAACAUAUCCCAUGAGCACAUACUUGGCUGCCUUUGUGGUGUCCGAUUUUGAUUAUAAAACGACCACCGUGGAGGGAACCAGCAUCGAACUCAGGGUUUAUGCCCCACCAGCUCAGGUGGAGAAGACCCAGUACGCUUUGGAGACUGCAGCCGGAGUAACCGCCUACUACAUCAGCUACUUCAAUACCUCAUACCCUCUACCCAAAUUGGAUCUUGUGGCUAUUCCUGAUUUCGUGUCCGGAGCCAUGGAGAACUGGGGAUUGGUGACCUUCCGGGAGACGGCUCUCCUCUACGAUGAAUCCACCAGUUCCAGCGUGAACAAGCAACGCGUGGCCGUCGUGGUGGCUCAUGAGUUGGCACACCAGUGGUUCGGCAACCUGGUGACCAUGAACUGGUGGAGCGAUCUCUGGCUGAACGAGGGAUUCGCCUCCUUCGUCGAGUACAAGGGCGUGAAGCAGAUGCAUCCCGACUGGGACAUGGACAAUCAGUUUGUGAUCGAGGAACUGCAUCCGGUGCUGACCAUUGAUGCCACCUUGGCCUCCCAUCCGAUUGUCAAGGCCAUUGAGAGUCCGGCCGAGAUCACCGAGUACUUCGAUACCAUCACUUACUCCAAGGGAGCCGCCUUGGUUCGCAUGCUGGAAUAUCUGGUGGGCGAGCCCAAGCUGAGGAACGCCACCACCCGCUAUCUGAUUCGUCAUAUUUACAGCACUGCCACCACCGAGGAUUACCUCACUGCCGUCGAGGAGGAGGAGGGACUCGACUUUGAUGUGAAACUGAUCAUGCAAACCUGGACGGAGCAGAUGGGUCUGCCAGUUGUUCAGGUCGAGAAGAGUGGAAAUACCUAUAAGCUCACACAGAAGCGCUUCCUGGCCAACGAGGAUGACUACGCAGCUGAAGCGGAAGCUUCUUCCUUCAACUACCGUUGGUCUAUCCCCAUCACCUACACGAGCAGCUUGGACAGUGAAGUGAAAUCCACGAUCUUCAACCACAACGACAACGAGCUUAGCAUUGAGCUUACGGGCGACGCCACUUGGAUCAAGUUCAACAAGGAUCAGGUUGGCUACUACCGGGUAAACUAUGCGGAGGAGCAGUGGGCAGCCCUCACCAAUGCGCUUAAGACGUCCCGAGAAACCUUCAGCACCGCCGAUCGUGCUCAUCUGCUGAACGAUGCCAACACUCUGGCGGCUGCCGGACAGCUGAACUACUCCGUGGCUUUGGACCUGAGCACUUAUUUGGAGAGCGAACAGGAUUAUGUUCCCUGGAGCGUGGGAACUGCUUCUUUUGCAACUCUGAGGAAUCGUGUCUACUAUACUGACCUGUAUAGCAACUUCACCACCUACGCACUCAAGCUGCUAACGCCAAUUGUGGAGAGCGUUACCUUCACCGUGGGCACUGAUCAUCUGGAGAACCGCCUUCGCAUCAAGGUGUUGAGCUCUGCCUGCAGCUUGGGACACGAGAGCUCGCUGCAACAAGCAACGACCCUGUUUAACCAGUGGCUGGCCAGUCCGGAAACCCGACCCAGUCCGGAUAUCCGGGACGUGGUCUACUACUACGGCCUGCAGCAGGUGAACACGGAGGCUGCCUGGGAUCAGGUGUGGCAGCUGUACCUAAACGAGACCGACGCCCAGGAGAAGCUGAAGCUGAUGAACUGCUUGGCUUCCGUGCGGGUUCCGUGGAUCCUAAACCGCUACAUCCUCUGGGCCUGGGACGAGACCAACGUGCGCCGUCAGGAUUACUUCACGCUGCUCGGCUACAUCUCCACCAAUCCGGUGGGUCAGAGCCUGGUGUGGGACUAUGUGCGCGAGAACUGGCAGCAGCUGGUGGAGCGAUUCGGCAUCAAUGAGCGCACCUUGGGUCGCCUGAUCCCCACGAUCACUGCCCGCUUCUCCACGGAAACGAAGCUGGAGGAGAUGCAGGAGUUCUUCAUCAAGUAUCCCGAGGCGGGAGCCGGAACUACUGCCCGCCAGCAGGCAUUGGAAACGGUCAAGUCCAACAUCAAGUGGCUGUCGGUGAACAAGGCCCAAGUCGGCGAAUGGUUGGCCAACUACGCCCAGCAGUCCGCCGUCACCAAUCGCAUUCAGUGAGUCGCCAAUUUGGCCACUUGCACCCUGUAAAAUAUCAAUAUUGUAAAAACUACCAAUGGAAUUGAACAUAGUCUUAGCUAACUAGUGCAGCAAUUGCAUUUCAAUUGUGAACGAAGAAUUGUGAAUGCUUAUGAUAUUUUUGAAGAAAAUACAAGACAAAAACUUAUCUAA